AUGUCCAAAAUUUCAACAGCUGUGUUUAUCUGUGGUGCAGGACCAGUCGGCCUCCUGACUGGUCUUGGACUAGCUCUCCAAGGCAUUGAUACCUACAUUGUUGAAAAACGCGAAAGAGAAAUCCAGGCCACAUAUGGCAGGGCCACAACCAUGUACUGUCGAAGCAUGGAGCUGCUGGAGCAGCUUGGCGUUGCCGAUGAUAUGCUCCAGAGCGGGUUUGUCGCCCGAUCAGCUGUAACCAUGAACAACGGAAAGCGCGUCACCGGUCGAGGGUUUGACAGUUUGCCCCAAAGCAUGAUCAACACUUUGCACGACUACUUUCUCAGUAUCCGUCAGAAAUUCUCCGAAGACAUAUUCCGAGAACACUAUCAGACCGCGUCGAGCAAGGAUGUACAUUACGGCUGGGGCGUCGAAAACUUCACUAUUGAGAAACUCCCCGAGGAUGACUUCAAUGUCACUGUCCACAUUAAGAAAACCGGAAACGGUGAGCAGCGAGUCGUGAGGUGGUUUCUCUUGUCGAGCAACUACCUGAUCGGGGCGGACGGCGGUCAAUCAUCUGUACGGAACCUAGCCGGCAUCCCUAUGGAGGGUGAUAGCACGACAUACAGGUGGGUUCGUAUUGACGCCAAGAUGAAGACAAACAUGCCCGAGGCCUCGCAUAUGGGCGUGAUCGCUAUCGAAUCACCCAACCAUGGCAAUGUCCUAUGGAUUCGGCUGGACAGGGACGUUCACAGGAUAGGCUUUGCUAUGACACCAAAGCUCCUAGCCAAGUACCCCAACGGCAUCACACAGGACGAAGCUGUGCAGGAGGCGAUAGAGUCCGUCAAGCCAUACACUCUGGAGGUUGAGCGAGUUGAUUGGUGGACCAAUUAUGGCAUCAAUCAAAGGGUUGCCGCAUCUUUCCAGAAAGACGAGUUCAUCUUGCUUGCGGGAGAUGCCGCCCAUGUCCACUCCUCGGGAUUUGCUCAAGGCAUGAACACUGGCAUCCACGACGCCACCAACUUGGCCUGGAAGCUUGGAGGCACCAUCAAAGGCUGGUACUCCACCGACGUCGUUCUCGCUAGUUACGCCAGUGAGCGUCGGCCAGCAGCCCAAAAGCUCAUCGCCAUCGAUAAGCUCGCUUCGGCCGCCAUCUCGCACGAUGUGAAGGCCGUCGGGGCUCCCGCGAGUGCCCCCGAAGAGGGUGGUGCGAGCGGUGCAGCCGUGCCAACCGUGUCUCCGGACGAGAUGAUGGCCAAGAUCUACCAGGACAACAUCAGAUUCAAUAUCGGUCUCGGGGUCUCAUAUCCCCCAAGCCCUGGCAACCCCCUCACCAGAGCGCCAUUAGCUGGGUCAGUGCCCGCCGGCACGAGAGCACCUGAUGCGGUGCUGCGAAAGCCGGGCUGCCAGAUUCCUCUGCGGCUGCUCGAUGUGUUCCGGGCCGGAGGAUAUGGCAAGUGGAACCUCCUUGUGUUUGCGGGUAACCCGAUUUAUACGCGUGAGAACAUUGCGAGCUUGCGGGAGGCGCUGUUUGCUGAAAAGGGACUGGCUAGUCGUCUCAAGCAUCUCCUCAAUCUGUCCACGCUGAUAGUCGGGCAUGUCGGAGGCCACUGGGAGGCAUUUAAUGGACCCGCUGUAGCGAGACUGUAUUUUGACACAGAGGGCGCAGCUCAUGACUGCUAUUCUGUGACGCAGGCUGAUGGAGCGAUAGUUGUGGUGAGACCGGAUGGAAUACUCGGCUUUGCAGCUCAGCUGGAUGAGCUGUCUGAGGUAGAGGCCUUCUUUGACGGUUUCUGCGCUUAG